AUGGAAACACCGUCGAGAGUGGAAGCAGUUGCCAAAGGCGGCUUACCUCAGGUCCCUUCCCAAUACAUUCAGCCAACGGAUGCUCGACCUAAUCUCCACCACGCCGGCGAUACAGCUCCAAUCCCAACCGUCGACCUAUCCAGCUCCGAUUCCGUGAGGGAAGCCAUCGGCAACGCUUGCCGCAACUGGGGAGCUUUCCACGUGGUCAACCAUGGCGUCCCCAUCCAUCUCCUUGACCGGAUGAGAGCUUUAGGCCUCUCCUUCUUCCAGGACUGUCCCAUGGAAGAGAAGCUCCGCUACGCCUGCGACUCCAGCUCCGCCGCAUCCGAGGGUUAUGGCAGCCGCAUGCUGCUCGGCGCAGAGGACGACGUCGUUUUGGACUGGAGAGACUAUUUCGACCACCACACUUUCCCUCUCUCUCGCCGCAACCCUUCUCGUUGGCCGCUUCAUCCUCCUGACUACAGAGAAGUUGUGGAAGAAUAUGGUAAUGAGAUGAAGAAACUGGCUCAGAAGCUAUUGGGGAUAAUCUCAGAGAGCCUGAGCCUUCCUAGUUCAUCCAUAGAGGAAGCUGUUGGUGAAAUCUAUCAGAACAUCACAAUGAGCUAUUACCCUCCUUGCCCUCAGCCUGAGCUCACUCUUGGACUCCAAUCCCAUUCUGACAUGGGAGCCAUUACUCUCUUGAUUCAAGAUGAUGUUGGAGGACUUCAGCUUUACAAGGAUUCUCAAUGGCUCACUGUUCCUCCUGUCUCUCAUGCCAUUCUCGUUCUUAUAGCCGAUCAAACCGAGAUCAUAACCAAUGGCAUAUACAAAAGUGCUCAACACAGAGCCAUAACUAAUGCGAAUCGGGCGCGUUUAUCUGUUGCUACGUUUCAUGAUCCUUCCAAGACUGCGAGGAUAGCACCGGCUUCUCACCUUAUUAACCAACAAUCCAAACCGUCUUACAAGGAAGUUGUGUAUGGCCAAUAUGUUUCUUCCUGGUACUCCAAGGGUCCAGAGGGUAAACGAAACCUUGAUGCUCUACUCUGUUAA